UUUCUUCUUCCUUUUUCUUUCUCUCUUUCUCUUUCUAUCUCCAUUCUCUCUCCUCUCUCAAUUCUUCCCCAAACCCAUCUCUUAGAAUCCUUGCCCCAAACUCAGGGCAACAAGGACGGCAAGUCGGCAACGAGGACGCCGACGAGUAUGGCAACGAGUAUUUAUCCUUCUUUUUCUUCGGUUUGGAUUUUCAAGUAAGUGACCUUGAAGUGGAAGAUCGCAAAGACGUGAAAUCAGUGGUCAUGCUGAAUAUCCUUAUGAAGUGUGAGGGAUGAUGUGGGCAACUCAAUGUAGAGGUAAAAACAAACAUCCAAAUGAUGAAAGCAGGAUGGACGAGAUGCCAUUGGUAGAUUGAACUGCAGAUGUGGUUAGUGCAGAUUUCCCUUCUUGGAUAUUAGGAUUGAGAACUACAAGAAAUGGGAUAAAUAAGAAAAGAGAGCUCACUUGCUGAAAAGGGGGGAAAUGAUGCAGAGAAUCUGCUCGAAAAAAUUAUGCCUUUACUCCAUUUACCAGGUUCACUUAUCAGUUGGCAAUCCAAGACCUCUGGGAAGAGAGCCUUUUUUCUUGUUUCAAUUCCUUGAAUCAUCAAAACCCCUAUUCUUUUCUACUCAUUCACGGCUAGGUUCAUCGAAAAUCCCACCAAAACUCACCCAUAAUCUCAAGCCUGGCAAUCCCAUUUCCAAAGAAAGAAUCUUUAACAGAUUGGAUGAACCAAGAGAAGUGCUUGACCUUAUACACCUCGAGAAUGACACAGAACCGUCCACAGAAUGCCAAAUUCAAACUCAUGAUGACUUUGCUGCUGAUGUUGAGAAGGUAUAUAGAAUACUGAGGAAAUUCCAUUCUCGAGUACCAAAAUUGGAACUUGCUUUGCAGGAAUCUGGUGUUAUGAUGAGGUCUGGAUUGACAGAGAGGGUACUUAACCGCUGUGGUGAUGCUGGGAAUUUAGGAUACAGAUUCUUUGCAUGGGCAUCAAAACAGCCUGGUUAUAGGCAUAGUUAUGAUGUUUAUAAAUCAAUGAUUAAAAUUUUAGGGAAAAUGAGGCAGUUUGGAGCCGUUUGGGCUCUUAUCGAGGAGAUGAGGAAAGAAAAUCCCCAGCUUCUGUCUCCUGAGGUUUUUGUUAUUUUGAUGAGGAGAUUUGCGUCUUCACGAAUGGUGAAAAAGGCAAUUGAAGUGUUGGAUGAGAUGCCGAAAUAUGGGUGUGAGCCAGAUGAAUAUGUAUUCGGAUGCCUGUUGGAUGCUUUGUGUAAGAAUGGUAGUGUAAAGGAAGCUGCUUUGCUAUUUGAGGAUAUGAGGAUAAGAUUCAAGCCAACAAUAAAACAUUUCACGUCGCUCUUGUAUGGUUGGUGUAAAGAAGGAAACUUGAUGGAGGCAAAAGUUGUGUUGGUGAAAAUGAGGGAAGCAGGUUUUGAGCCUGAUAUUGUGGUUUAUAACAAUUUGCUUAAUGGAUAUUCAGUGGCAGGUAAAAUGGUGGAUGCUUUCCAUCUUUUGCAAGAGAUGAAAAGGACUGGUUGCGAGCCAAAUGCAACUUCAUAUACCAUUAUGAUUCAGGCACUUUGUGCUCGAGAAAAGAUGGAAGAGGCGGUUAGAGUAUUUAUGGAUAUGGAGGGCAAUGGGUGUGAAGCUGAUAUUGUUACAUACACCACUUUGAUCAGUGGGUUUUGUAAAUCGGGUAAGAUUGAGAAAGGUUAUGAGCUUUUAGAUGCUAUGAUACAGAAAGGGCAUACUCCUAACCAGACAACUUAUUUGUACUUCAUGUUAGCUCAUGAGAAGAAGGAAGAGCUGGAGGAGUGCCUAGAUCUUAUGAAGGAGAUGAGGAAGAUUAGCGUGUUGCCUGACUCAAGCAUAUACAACACAGUAAUUCGUCUGGCAUGCAAAUUGGGUGAGACUGAAGAUGGUAUGAGACUCAUGAAUGAGUUAGAAGCAAAUGGCAUCAGCCCAGGUGUUGAAACCUUUGUCAUCAUGGUUAAUGGGCUUGUUGAGAAUGAUUGUUUGGUAGAAGCUUGUGAUUACUUCAAUGAAAUGGUAGGAAGAGGCCUUCUAGCUGCUCCCCAGUACGGAAUUCUGAAGGACUUGUUGAAUUCUCUGUUAAGGGCAGAUAAGCUUCAAUUGGCUAAAGAUGUCUGGAGUUGCAUAAUAGCUAAAGGUUGUGAGCUUAAUGUGUAUGCAUGGACAAUCUGGAUUCAUGCUCUCUUCUCAAAUGGGCAUGUGAAGGAUGCUUGCUCUUACUGUUUGGAUAUGAUGGAUGCUGGGGUAAUGCCUCAGCCAGAUACAUUCGCUAAGCUCAUGCGAGGUCUGCGGAAGCUGUACAAUAGACAAAUUGCUGCAGAGAUUACAGAGAAGGUAAGGAAAAUGGCGGCAGCGAGACAGAUGACCUUCAAGAUGUACAAAAGACGCGGUGAGAGAGACUUGAAAGAGAAAGCUAAAGCAAAGAAGGAUGGGAGAAAGAGGAGAGCCCGUCGGCGCCAGUGGGGAAGUAGAAGUAGGAAGGCCGAUGCCUUUUGAUAUGAGCAGAGGGUAUUGCUGCAAACUGGAUCAUUUAUAGCGGCACCAUCCAACAUAGAAAUGGGAGUUUGAUUAGAAGUAAAAUGGCUAUCCCUCUAAAUUAAUCGAGAUGGAGGACACGGCAAAGUUUGUUACUGUCUGCACAGAAGGAAGUAUCAACCAGGUAAUGUGUGUCUUCUACCCAAUACAUUAACUAGUUUUGUUGAUAAAAAUCCAAUGGAAAUUUAUUUUAAUUGCCUUUUUGCCAGAUUAAGCCAAGAAAUAAUUGUUCCGAUUUCAGUAGAUGUACAGAUAGAUGUUGAAGUUGCAGAAACCAUUUCCCAUAAUCUUUGCGGCCAUAUUAAUGCAAAAGUUUGCCUGAAUCUUUUUCCAUCUGACCAAAAAUGAGACAAUCUACAAAAAUCAUAUUCCAGUUAUAGUACAGUGGCUCUAGAUUGGCAUCAUUUAAGAAAAGGAAUACCCAUAUCUGUGUCAUAUAUUCGAAAAAUUCAUAAACUGUGACUUAGUAAUAAGGCAUUGCAAAACCUUAUAU